AUGUUACCUGCGUUGCGCACCAGGUCUCAUUUUGACAUGCAACACAACGACGCUGCACAACCUUUCGAAUACAAUGAUGAUGACUACUUCCGGGAGGUGUUACAAUUGGAGGGGCAGGAGCAGACGGAAACACUUUUCGAUGAUAUAUUGAACAAAGAGGCAGAAAAGUUGGGAAUUUCGAUAGCGGGACCUUCCGCAGAUGAGAGGAACGAUAAUUCUCCAUGCGAAUCUCCUUUUUCUCAUUUGCAUCAUACACAUACAGCCUCGUCAAUAUCUCAAGAUAGCGAUUCUACAGGGCUAACAUCGAGAUCAUCGAAUGAACAGUUGGACUUUUCAUCAAUACCACAACCAUGGAAACGACCUGCUGCGAAGAGAAGUUUAUCAUUUCAUGGCUACGAAAAAUAUGUAAAGCAAAUCGAUGCUCAAACUGCGAUUCCAUUACCUCCACCGAUACCUGUCAGUUCUCCCGAGCCGGCACCAUCCCUUUUUUCCAUAUCCUCGAGACGCUCUUAUGCCAGCCUCAAAAAUGGAAUUAAGAUUCGGUUCCGUCGAAAGGGAAAAACAUCUGGGGAACAAUUGAUCUCCUGUAUCUGUUGUCGAGAAGAGUUUAAACUUGCUACCACCCUGCGUACACUUCCAUGUGCUCAUAAUUAUUGCGAAAGCUGUCUUCGAGUUUUGGCCAUACAAGGUUGUACGGAAGAAUCGAAGAUGCCCCCCAGAUGCUGUAGCCAAGCUAUACCCGGAAAUAUAAUCAAAUCGGUUUUAAACAAGGAUGAGCAGAGUCAAUUCAUGAAAAGUGUUGUGCAAUUCAGUACACCAUGGGAAUCGAGAAUUUUCUGUGCAAAUACUGCUUGUGGUGAAUUUAUUCCAACACUUGGCAAGAUUGAUCCCAAACAACCAUUCGAGGUGGAUUGUCGACGUUGUGGAGAUAAGGCUUGUUCCAUCUGCAAGCGUGCUGCGCAUUCGGUUGGCCAAGAUUGCCCUGAAGAUUAUGAAUUAGAAGCUGUUUUAAGAAUGGCCAAGAGUGCGGGAUGGCGUCGCUGUUACAAAUGUCGAACUUUGGUGGAAUUAUCUCAAGGUUGCAGUCAUAUCACUUGCCGAUGCAAAGCACAAUUUUGUUACAUAUGUGGUGCUGUUUGGGAUCCCUCGGUUGGUUGCCCAAAUUAUUGUAAUGGUGAGGAAAUGCUUGAACGUCGGCGUCUCGAAGAAGAGCAGCGGAUCGCGGAAGAGGAAAAGGCAAAGUUAGCCAAGGAGGAGGCAGAGAAGGCGGAAGAGGAGGAACGCGCAGCGGCCGAAGAACGAACCCGAAAGAAUGGCACAUUAAAUGCACUUCUGGCUUGUCAAAUUGAUGAAAGAGAUCGCUUCUGCGCCUUCGAGAGGAAGAUGAAAUGGAUCAUGUGGACACGGCAUGGUCGAGCCAAAAUUGACAUUCUGGAUCGCUAUGGUGAGCUCUCAACAAAAAUGAAAGAACGUCAUCAAAGAACUUCAACACACUUAGAAGAUCGGCAAGUUGCUGCUGAGAUGGAGCUGAGAACGACCUUAAAACAAAGUGAAAGAAGUGUACAAAUUCGUUUAAAGCACAUGGAAGCUUAUUGCAAUGGGCUUGGUAGAAGCUCCGGUGGUCAUGAUAUACAAAGAAUCGUUACCGAGAAAGAUCUCAGAGAGCUCGGGCAGCAAUAUAACAUCAGGGAUGAUCUAGGCCGUUUACACCAAAGCAGGAUCAACGUCAUGCGAGACAAGCAAGCGAAGCAAAUGGAAAAUUUAAUCGUUCGCCAAGAAGAGGAGCUUGAGAAUCUGGCACUCAAACAGAAUCAAGAGUUAGAGUCUCUGGAGGAGAUGCAUAGCAGAGAAGAAGAAGGCAUAAUUGCAUUGUUCAUAGAGAGAAAAUCACGGCUCAUCUGGAGGUGGAAUCUGAGCGAGCAGGUGAAAAGAAAGAAGCUCGCUGAUAUGACUGGCGUCCAAUUCGCGCCCAUGGCUCCGGUUCCAUGGCCACAACCCAGGAGGUCUCCAGCACUCGGUCUAGAGUCAGUUUUCGAGUGA